CGGGCCCGGCGCGCGAUGGCGCUGGGGAGGGUGGCGGCCGGAGGCCGGGCGGCGGCUGCGGUGGCCCGCUCGGCAACACUCUGGCUCUGCAGCUGGGCCUGCGCCCAGAGACCUCUCAGGAGCAGCUGGGUCCUCGGGCACCGGGCACAAGUCCCAGCUCCUGAUGGCCACAGGACGCUGGGGACGGAGCCCGUGGAGGCUGGAGCAGGCGCCGCCAGGCAGCCCGAGGCCUCCCUGCCCAGCGGAAACCCCUCAGAAUCCCCCUACCCUCUGCCGCCUGAUCUCCAGCCGCCCACCAACUGCUGCAUGAGCGGCUGCCCCAACUGCGUGUGGGUGGAGUACGCGGACAGGCUGCUGCGGCACUACCGGGACGGCGGGCAGCGGGCCCUGGCCGCCCUGGACCGGCACGUGGCCGACGAGAACCUCAAGGCCUUCCUCAGGACGGAGAUCCAGCUGCGCUCCAGCGGUGCGGGCUGAGCCCGGCCGGACCCGCGAUGCACCUGCGCCUGCCUGAGAAUAAACCGGCUGCGUGCUGCUGCUGCGUCGUUGUCUGGGGCCAAAGGCAGAGCCGUGGGUGCUGCCCGCCUGCCGCACCUGCGGUCACGCCAGCCUGGGGUCUCCUCCGUGCGGGGGCCAGCGCCUCAGGGGUCCUGCCAGGCUCAGCCCUGCCCUCAGCAAGCAGCAAAGCCCCCAGCGGGCAGCCUGGGCAGGGCCCCUGUCCCCCUGCCGGCUCCUGGGGGAGACGCACCUCCCCUCCCACCAGCCAGGCUGAGCGCCAGCCCAUGGCCGGCCCCCUCCGCCUAGGCUCCCCAGGCGGUUGGGAGGUUGGGGUUCAGGGAGCUUGGACCAGGAGUCCUGGGGAGUUAGUUCCAGAACCUUUCUCCCGGCAGUGUAUUUAUUUAUUUAAUUUAAAAGACAGACAGGCAUUUUGGUGUAGCGGGUUAAGCCACCACCCACGUUGCUGGCAUCCCAUACAGGCACUGGUUCCAGAUCCGGCCACUCCACUUCCUGUCCAGCUCCCUGCUAAUGCAUCUGGGAAGGCAGCCAAAGACAGCCCAGGUGCUUGGGCCCUGCACCCACGUGGGAGACCCGGAUGGAGCUCCUGGCUCCUGGCUCCUGGCUUCUGGCUUCGGCCUGGCCCAGCCCGAGUUGUUGUGGCCAUCUGGGGAGUGAACCAGCAGGUGGAAGACCUCUCUGUGUCUCUCCUCGUCUCUGUAGCUCUGCCUUUCAACUAAAUAAAAAAUAAAUCUUUUUUUUUUUUUUUUU